CAACUGUCAAAUGAACUGUCAUUUUGGGUAGAAAAAAAAACAAAAAAUCACACGCCACGUCAGUUUCGACAACAAGGGACUUUAGUAGCAAAAGCCGAGCUGUACCGUAGUAAAAGUAGACUGUUUUUGUAAAGUUUCUGUGAUUCUUCAUUCACGACACACACCCGGUGCCGCAUCGACAACCACCACCAUCCUCCAAGGCGUCAUGGAUCUAAUGGUUCGCUAUGUUUCGCCGGUAAAUCCGGCCGUGUUCCCACAUCUGGCCAGCGUGCUGCUGCUGUUCGGAACCUUCUUCACGGCCUGGUUCUUCGUGUUUGAAGUGUCCCGCCCGAAGCAACCGUCCAAGGAGAGCGUCAUCUUUAAGGAGCUGGCCAUCAGUUUGUUUGCCUCACUGUUCCUUGGUUUCGGUGUGCUGUUUCUGCUGCUUUCGGUCGGGAUUUACGUGUAACGGAAGUGCGUCUCGGUGGGAGUACCUUGUCGCAGCUGCAUUUCCUCAGCAUAACAUUCGAACUCGCUUUCACGUGCAAACUUCGGACUAGGAAGAAGCAUGCCCGAUACGAGCAAAUGGAGUUAAAGAGAGUUGCCAACCAGCACGCGAACAAAAAAAAUGGGGGGUUUAAAAUUGUAAUGUGAAACAAGGUGAAUGUUUUAAUUUUGUAAGCAACUUGUCAUAAGAAAUACACAUCAGACCAAACACACACACACUGAAACAAAAGAAAAGGACGCACGCACCGGUGUCUCUUUCACGUGCAUAAAUCACUGUAGCGAACAGCUUGGUCCAAAGAAAAGUCGCGACACGCGAACGCCGUUGGUCCUUAAAA